AUUAAUUAUUCUCCAGCAGAAGCGAUCUCCCUCUCGCCUCUCUUAUCAGAAGAGAAUCGAUCCGCUCUUGGCUACGAGUCCUCAAGAUUCCUCUACAAGAGCCUCAAAACCCUAAAGAUCUGGAUCCAAUUUCCUAAAAGAGGACGACCUCAAAUCCAAGAAAACCCUAGCGGUCUCGAAGCCUUCGAUCAUCGUCAGAUCUAAUCUCAAGAAAGAUGAAGGGCAACAGGGCUGUUAUCAUCGCGGUUCUAUUUUUAGCAGCACAAAUGGCUCAUGUAAUGCCUUCUCCUACAACAGCUCCGGCAUUUUUAUGGUCACCUCACAAAUUUGGAUCAUCACCUUCUGAUGUCAAAGAAUUUGUGGACUACCGAACGCUUUCCCCGGCGGACUUGGUUAAAUCUGUUCUCUCUGAGGGUGGUUGGUCUGACUUAGUGUGUUCUGGGAAGAACCUUCAACCAAAUGUGGAUGUUGCACUGGUCUAUGUUGGAAGAAAGUUGCAAUCAUCAGACCUGUCGAAGGCCGAACAUACAGACCCAAUUCUGCUAAGCCUUUUAAAGAACUCCUUUUCUAGCUCCAAUACUUCAGUGGCUUUCCCGUAUGUUGCAGUCUCAGAUGGGAAGAAUGCACUUGAAAAUUCUUUGAUAUCAGGAUUUGUUGAAAACUGUGGGAGUAGAUUAGGGGUUGAUCACAUUGCUUACAUGGAAUCUUGUUCUAUUGAGGGUGAGAACCUGAAAAAACUCCGAGGAGUUCAGUCGCUUGAGGACUUUGUUGGCUCAAGGAUGGAAACAAGGAUUGGUGAAAAAACAGACCUAAUUGUAGUUUGUGAUGAAGGCUCUCAGGAUUUAGACCAAGGUCAAUCUGAAGGAAAGACUUUAUCUUCACUAGUUAAUUUUCUGGAAAAGUCUGGCGCCACGUAUACUGUUCUCUAUGCAUCUGAUCCUUCUAGGUCAGUUCAGUACCCUCACCUGGUGAUGAGGUUUCUUGCAGAGGAUAAUGUUUCUACAAAUGUCACUCUUUGUGAUGGUGUUUGCCAACUUAAGUCAUCACUUUUGGAAGGCCUUUUUGUUGCGAUCACACUGCUUAUUAUACUGAUAUCAGGCCUCUGUUGUAUGAUGGGAAUUGACACUCCUACGAGAUUUGAGGCUCCCCCGGAGUCUUAAUAUGCUUUGCUGAAGAUUUUUCUUGCAAUAACGCUAUGAAGUUUUCAGUUUCUUUGGCAAAAGAUGGAUGCUCCAGCUACAUGAUUCUGAGAUUUAGUCUCAUAUUAUUUAUACAUUUUCUCAUGUAUGAUGCAUUCUGUUUAGAGCCCAAUAAAGAACAGCCAAAGGAGGAGCUAUGUUUGAUUAUUACAGCACAAUGUAUCUAAGGAUAGGGCAUGCUUUCGAAGAAUUUGAUGAUAUCUACUGUACGAUUUACUAUUCCCUGUUGCUUAUAUCUGGCAGUUUAUACAAUAAUGCCUUUGUUUUUUGAGGGA